CAAUAUACUAGACAUUUCUUAUGAAUGAAAAUAUUAAUUACCUUUGGGAUAUUCGACAUGUGUCAAACUCAGAGGGACCCAAUUGAAAUCAUGCACAUUAUCCUUCAGAUGAAGUUCGUCUUCAUCGGGAGAGGUCAUUUUUUAAAACACUUCUUUCAGGAAACCUCUCACAGGUGCAUUGCUUCUAGUCCAAUAUGACCGCUACCGGUACCAAAACUCCAGCUCUCACUUAUAAAAUUAUUGCAGAAUGCAAAGAAUCAAAAGCAAGAACGAGUCUGAUGACCUUACCACACUGUGCCGUAGAAACUCCUGUUUUCAUGCCAGUAGGCACGAAGGGCUCUUUGAAAGGGCUUUUACCAGACCAAUUGGAGGCCAUGGAUUGUCGAAUAUUGCUUGGAAAUACUUAUCAUUUGGGCACUAACCCGGGCCCCGAAUUAUUAAAGAAAGCAGGAGGUCUUCAUAAAUUUAUGGGCUGGGAUCGAGCUAUAUUGACUGAUUCUGGUGGUUUUCAAAUGGUAUCUCUUUUAAGUUUAGCGGAGAUCAAAGAAGAAGGUGUACAAUUUAAAUCACCGUAUGAUGACUCCUCAUGUUUACUAAGCCCUGAAAAUUCUAUUCAAAUACAAAAUUCCAUUGGCGCUGAUAUAAUCAUGCAGCUUGAUGAUGUUGUAAGUUCACUUACAACAGGUCCAAGAGUUGAAGAAGCUAUGGAAAGGACAAUCAGAUGGUUGGAUCGAUGUAUUAAUGCCCAUGAACGGGAUGACGAUCAAAAUAUAUUUCCCAUUGUUCAAGGAGGAUUAGAUGAUGAUCUUAGGAAAAGGUGUGUUGCCGAGUUAGUAAAAAGAAAUGUGAGAGGUUUUGCAGUUGGCGGUAUAAGUGGUGGUGAAGCCAAAGAUGACUUCUGGAGAGUAGUUAAGUUAUGCUCGGAUUUACUACCUAAAGACAAACCGCGUUAUUGUAUGGGAGUCGGAUUUGCUGCAGAUCUUGUUGUUUGUGUGGCUCUUGGUAUUGAUAUGUUCGACUGCGUUUUCCCUACAAGAACAGCUAGAUUCGGAUGCGGUCUAGUAGAAACAGGACAGAUUAAUUUGAAACAUAGGAAAUUUGCCAAAGAUUUGAGGCCAGUUCAAGAAGGCUGUGAAUGUUCAACAUGUAGGACGUAUACACGGGCAUAUAUCCAUUCAAUUGUUACCGUAGAAACAGUUGCUUGCAAUUUAUUGUCUGUGCACAAUGUUUAUUACCAGUUGAAACUAAUGAAGGACAUUAGAGAGAGUAUUAAGGAAGAGAGAUUUCCAGAAUUUGUCCAACUAUUUAUGAAAAAGAUGUUUGAAGAUCGAGAAGUUCCAAAAUGGAUCAAGGAUGCUUUAGCUGCAGUUAACAUCAAACUUCCUUAGAGGCUGGACUGGGUGUGCCCCAGGGUCUCCUGAUCUCAGGAUCUAUCCACGGCUGAUGUAACAGAAUAAAUAAUUACUUGCCACAGCUUGACUUGAACACGGGACCUUGAGCUUUGGAAGUCAGCACCUCACUAACUGAGCUACCUAAAUUCCAUUCCAACAAUGGAUCAAGUAAUAUUUCAUUAAACCAGGCAAAUUUAUUUUGCAAAAGAUUUCAUUUGAUCUAAUUGGAAAUAAAUUGCAUUGCAUCAAUAUAUUUCCAACUGAAAACGAUUACAAUAAAAAAAUACAAUUAUUAGUGAGAAUGACUUGUUUUAUUUUGUCCUUGAGGAAAUUCAAUUUUUGUUGACAAAUUAAUAAUACGAAGUGCUAUGUGUAUUUGAUUUACUGGUUAACUUUUUUCUAAAUUUUUGUAAGAUCAGUGAGAAGUGGGGAUGAUGAAAAAAAAAAUCAUAAUAUUUUUUAAGAAAAUAAUUUUUUAUGAGUCACAUAAAAUCAUCAGAAUCAUUGCCAUCGUUACUUUUAUUUGAUUUCAUAUUUUCUGGUUUCAUCAGGGUGCUGUAACUC